GACGGAAGCGCAGUCUCGCUCAAAAGCUUUCGAACUGAGCGCGUUCUCGGUGAAGGCACGUUCGGCAAAGUGUCGCUCGCAGUGGAUAGAAGGGACGGACGGAAGUACGCGCUGAAGACGCUCGACAAGGAGCGCCUGCGGCAGAAGAAUGCCGUAAAGUCUGCGAUCCGAGAGCGCUUUAUCCUCAUUUCGCUCUCCUCGGCCGACUGCAGCCGCUUUGUGACGAGCCUAGCGUACACCUUCAGCGACGCGUGCGCCGUCUACUUUGUGAUGGACUGUGCGCUUGGCGGCACUCUGCUCUACCACCUCCACCACUCCUUUCCGGGCGGCUUCGAGGAGGGGCACGUACGGUUCUACGCCGCGCAGCUUGUCUGCGGCCUCGCCCACCUCCACGCCCAACUGAUCCUCUAUCGAGACCUCAAGCCGGAGAACACGCUGCUGACCUCCGCGGGGACGAUCAUGCUCUCCGACUCUGGC